AUGCAAGCAUACAUGAGUCACUUCGACAAGUUGGUGGCUCUUCCCGAAGGAUUCACCGUCGUUGCAAGCACGGCAAACUCUGAGUAUGCCGGAAUCGCCCACCAGACCAAGCCAAUUUACGGCGUCCAAUUCCACCCUGAGCUGGAGCACACACCUCGCGGUAGUGAGAUCCUGAAGAACUUCGCCGUUGAUAUCAGUGGCGCCAGACCCAACUGGGUGAUGGAGGAUUUCAUUCAGAAGGAGAUCAUCCGCAUCAGACACCUUGUCGGCGACAAGGCACAGGUCAUCGGCGCUGUCUCUGGAGGUGUCGACUCCACUGUCGCCGCCAAGCUUAUGAAGGAAGCGAUUGGCGACCGCUUCCACGCCAUCCUCGUCGACAACGGUAAGCACUCCAGCACCAUAAUCAGCGCGUACCGGUAUACUGAGUUCAUUGUGAUAGGCGUCAUGCGUCUCAACGAGUGUGAGCAGGUCAAGGAGACUCUUGAGAAGCACCUUGGCAUUAAUCUCACCGUCGCUGACGGAGCUGAGUUGUUCCUUGGCCGCCUGAAGGGUGUCACCGAGCCCGAGAAGAAGCGCAAGAUCAUCGGCGCAACCUUCAUCGACCUUUUCGAAAAGGAGGCUCUUAGAUUGGAGAAGGAGGCCGAGAACACCGAGAAUGCCGGACCCAUCACUUGGUUCCUCCAGGGCACACUUUACCCCGAUCUUAUCGAGUCCCUCUCCUUCAAGGGGCCCAGUGCGACUAUCAAAUCUCACCACAACACCGGCGGACUUCCGGAGAAGAUGAAGCUCAAACUCAUCGAGCCCCUCAGAGAAUUGUUCAAAGAUGAGGUUAGAGAGUUCGGCAGACAGUUGGGCAUCCACCAAGAUCUGGUCAUGCGUCACCCGUUCCCCGGCCCCGGUAUUGCCAUCCGCAUUAUUGGAGAGGUGACACCCGAGAGAGUCGCCAUUGCCCGUGCUGCCGACAACAUCUUCAUUUCUAUGAUCAAGGAAGCCGGAAUCUACAAUGAGAUGUCCCAAGCAUAUGCUGCUGUGGACUCCAACAAGGCUGUUGGAGUUCAAGGUGAUGCCAGAGUUUACGGCUACAUUAUCAUUCUCCGCGCCGUUAAGACUCUGGACUUCAUGUCCGCGGAGCCUUACGAGUUCGACUUCAACCUCCUUAAGAGGAUCUCGACCCGUAUCAUCAACGAAGUUGACGGCGUCGCCCGCUGCACAUACGACAUCACGUCGAAGCCCCCCGGAACGAUCGAAAUGGGUUCGUAG